GGGCAGCACCUCUCAGUCACAAGACUAGAAAGAAGCCAGUCAACUUCCGACUUCCUCCUUCUCUUGAAGAGCAAGCUAAAGCUACUGCUGCAAUGGCAAAGCUAAUUUGGUUGUGCCUGCAAUUUAUCAUGUUAUACAGCACUGUCGAGGCUGUGUUUGAGGAUCAAGUAGGGAAAUUUGACUGGAGGCAGCAAUAUGUUGGCAAGGUUCGCUUUUCCCACUUCGACUCACAUGUGCAGUCAUCCAAAAAGGUGCUUGUGGCAACAGAGAACAAUGUGUUUGCUUCACUCAAUACCAGGACUGGAGAACUCUUCUGGCGGCAUGUAGAUAAGACUGGGCCAGAGGGAAACAUUGACGCUCUUCUGCAACAUGGACAAGAUGCGGUGCUGGUGGUUGGUAAUGGCCGCCUGCUGCGCUCCUGGGAGAUAAAUAUUGGUGGUUUGAAUUGGGAGGUUGUGCUGGACUCUGGCAGUUUCCAGUCGGCAUGUUUAGUUGGACAGCAAGACACCGUGAAACACGUGGCUGUUUUGAAGAAAACUGUCAUCUCUCUCCAUUACCUUUCUAAUGGUCAUCAGAAAUGGAUAGAGAAUCUACCAGAAAGUGAAACUGUGGAUUACCAGGCUGUGUAUUCUGGUGGUAAUGGUGAAGUGUAUGCACUGGGGGUUGUCCCCCAUUCCCACAUUGCAAUUGUUGCUUACAGUUUGGAGGAUGGAGAGAUAAUCAAGCAGAUCUCAGUCGAAGCUCCGUGGCUGUCCAAAAUACAGGCCAGCUGUUCAGUGAUCGACCAGGGGAUGUUGACAUGCGUGGACCCUGCAACAGUAUCCCUGUACAUGCUUGACUUGCACCUGCAGUCCCAGAUGACACAGAUCCCCCUGCAGUCGCUGGGACUUGAAGUCACGCCUGGUUUCCAGCCAGUACUGGUGUCCACCCAGCCCAACCCAGCUCGCCCACCACUGUCUGAGUUCCUCCUUCAGCUUGGGCCUGAACACCACCUGCUUCUCCAACUCAACAAUGGUCACAUAGUUACACUCAGGGAUUUCAAGCCUGCCAUGCUGGUUUCAUUUGCUACCACUGGAGAGAAGACUGUUGCUGCUGUCAUGUCGCCCAAGAAUAAAACUGCUUGCAGUAUUAACCUCUUUAGUGGAGAAACUGGACGCAGACUUCUAGACACAACACUGAUUUUCAAUAUGGAUCCUAAUGGUGGGAAACCAGAGAAGCUGUAUAUACAAGCAUUCCUCAAGAAAGACGACUCUGUUGGCUACAGGGUCAUGGUGCAGACAGAAGACCACACACUCACUUUCAUCCAGCAGCCAGGGCGUGUAAUGUGGACGAGAGAGGAGGCCCUGUCAGAUGUGGUGACAAUGGAAAUGGUGGAUCUGCCUCUCACAGGAACACAGGCAGAGCUGGAGGGGGAGUUUGGCAAAAAGGCUGCCAUACAAGACGGCCUGAUGUCCAUGGUGCUUAAGAGGCUCUCCUCUCAGCUUAUCUUGCUGCAAGCUUGGAUUGCUCACCUCUGGAAGCUGUUCUACGAUGCACGGAAGCCUCGCAGUCAAGUCAAAAAUGAUGUGACCAUUGAGAACCUCUCCAGAGACGAGUUCAACCUGCAGAAGAUGAUGGUUAUGGUUACUGCAUCUGGGAAGCUCUUUGGGAUUGACAGCAAGACCGGCAGCAUUUUAUGGAGGCACUACCUGAACAACAUCUCAUCUAAUCCAGCUUUCAAACUAAUGGUGCAACGGACCACGGCACACUUCCCUCAUCCGCCACAGUGCACACUGCUCAUCAAAGACAAGGACACAGGCCUGGCCACACUCCAUGUGUUUAAUCCCAUUUUUGGAAAAACGAGUCACAUCAGCCCACCUGCCCUGACUCAGCCAAUACUUCAGUCACUCAUGCUGCCUCUCAUGGACCAGGAUUAUGCAAAGGUCUUACUUCUUGUUGAUGACCAGUACAAGGUGUCUGCUUUUCCCUCUACAAAGAAUGUACUACAGCAGCUCCAGGAGAUGGCCUCAUCCAUAUUCUUUUAUCUUAUUGACUCCAGCCAGGGAAGACUUUCUGGCUACAGGCUACGAACGGACUUGUCGACCGAGCUGAUCUGGGAGGUUGUCGUCCCAACCGAGGUCCAGAGGAUUGUCUCAGUCAAAGGCAAAAGGCCCAAUGAGCAUGUACACUCCCAGGGCAGAGUGAUGGGAGACCGUAGUGUUCUAUAUAAGUACCUGAACCCAAAUCUCCUGGCCGUGGUGCUUGAGAGCACAGACUUGCAUCAGGAGCGAAGCUUUGUCGGGAUCCUCCUGAUUGAUGGCGUGACUGGUCGCAUCAUCCACGAGGCUGUUCAGAGAAAGGCCAGAGGACCGGUGCAUGUUGUGCACUCUGAAAACUGGGUGGUGUACGAAUACUGGAGCACCAAAUCUCGCAGGAACGAGUUCUCUGUAAUUGAACUGUACGAAGGGAUGGAGCUCUACAACAGCACCGUGUUCAGCUCGCUGGAUCGGCCACACGCUCCUCAGGUGCUUCAGCAGUCUUACAUUUUCCCCUCCUCCAUUUCAACCAUGGAGGCCACACUGACCGAGAAGGGCAUCACCAGCCGCCAUCUGCUAAUUGGCUUGCCAUCUGGAGGGAUUUUGUCACUGCCCAAGAUGUUCCUUGACCCUCGGAGGCCAGAAAUAGUAACGGAGCAAAGCCGGGAAGAGAACCUGAUACCGUACGCACCAGAGCUGCUGAUCCGUACAGAGUGGUUCAUCAACUACAAUCAGACUGUAUCAAGAGUGCGAGGAAUUUACACUGCCCCCUCUGGACUGGAAUCGACCUGUCUGGUGGUGGCAUAUGGUCUCGACAUCUACCAGACACGCGUCUAUCCCUCAAAGCAGUUUGACGUACUUAAAGACGACUAUGACUACAUGCUGAUCAGUAGCGUUCUCCUCGCCCUUUUCUUUGCCACCAUGAUCAGCAAACGCCUGGCAGAAGUCAAACUGCUUAACCGGGCCUGGCGGUAAAGGAUUGGUCAAAAUCCCAUCUCUUACAGCCCCGAGGCUGCACGAAGGACCUCAGCCCGAGGAGAUGAGACGGCUGAGACCAUGCCUGUAGAAGAACACAGGCCAAAGAUCAAUAAGGCCCAUAAGAAACUGCAGGGGUGAGGGGACAGCGGGGUGGGGGUGAAAGGAGGGAUUAGAAGAGGUUUUAUGUGUUGUUUUUUUUAACUUAUUUUUGAAAGCACAACAAAUUAUUUCAUAGUAAAAUAACAUUUUUUUUUUGUGCAAUGUCAUUUUGAUUAAAUGUUCAACACAACUAAUUCCAAAUGAAUAAUACAGAUUUGGAUUUAAUAAAUUGUGGAGUUUGGAAAUUCCCACACGUGAAAGUUAGAUAUUUAAGCAAUGUUAGUUUCUUCCAAAAUAGUUUGAGGCAUUUACUCUUCAUUAGAUACUCUUACUACUCUAAUGGAGAGUGAUAAUACAUGUUGAGGUUUGAGAAAGGACAUACAGAAGACAUGCAACACACAUGAGCAUGAUUUGAUACUUUUAGCCUGCUGAAUCAAGGUGAUACCCAGAUGAAGAACUGUAUAAAGUGUAAGAAGAUCAUGCGGAAAUGACAAGAAAUGGUCAUUUAUGCUUUCCUAAAGACUUUCCCACCAAUGGCACUGUCACACUGUUGUCACCAUCACACGCUCAACAAAGGAAAAUGACCCACCAGUAGCCUCUAUUUUCUGUACAUCAGUCAUCCUGCAGCUCAUUCGCGUGAGCAGUUUUGAUCCAUUGUUGGCUACUGUUGAUGCUCCAUUAAAAUUCUUCUUGUGUCAGAA